GCGGGCUCUGAAUUUCACUCAGGUAUUCGGGUGCAGGUGGCUGUCUGCAUCUGGGACCGUAUAACUCAGACACUGAGUGUAUAUGUCUGUGGUCCCCAGAGCGCAGAAAAGAAUAAGGAAUCCGAGAUUAUUGAUUUUUUUCUGGGCGCAUCUCUAAAGGAUGAAGUUCUAAAAAUCAUGCCAGUACAGAAGCAGACUCGGGCUGGCCAGCAGACCAGGUUCAAGGCUUUUGUCGCUAUUGGGGACUACAACGGUCAUGUUGGUCUUGGUGUGAAGUGCUCCAAGGAGGUAGCCACUGCCAUCCGGGGUGCCAUCAUCUUGGCCAAGCUUUCCAUUGUCCCUGUGCGGAGAGGCUACUGGGGGAACAAGAUUGGCAAGCCCCACACUGUCCCAUGCAAAGUGACGGGCCGCUGUGGCUCUGUGUUGGUGCGUCUCAUCCCUGCCCCCAGAGGCACUGGCAUCGUCUCGGCUCCUGUGCCCAAGAAGCUACUGAUGAUGGCCGGUAUUGAUGACUACUACACGUCAGCCAGGGGCUGCACUGCCACCCUGGGCAACUUUGCCAAGGCCACCUUUGAUGCCAUCUCCAAGACCUACAGCUACCUGACCCCUGACCUCUGGAAAGAGACUGUGUUCACCAAGUCUCCUUAUCAGGAAUUCAUGGACCAUCUUGUGAAAGCCCACACCAGAGUCUCUGUUCAGAGGACCCAGGCUCCAGCUGUGGCCACCACAUAAGGGUUUUCAUACAAGAAAAUUAAAGUGAAUUAAGUCUGUUAAAAAAAAAAAAAAGAAUAGAGACAGGCCCAAGGAACAAAGGAACUCCCACGUAAGGUGUAGAGCACAGGGUCACUAGAGCCGUCUCUUCAGUCACGCCAGAAGUCCCUAGAGCGAGGCAGAGAGCGAUGAAGGCGCUCACACAGGUGUGUGGGAUUUUAUCAUUUUAUCUCCUCAUUCUUGCGUCACAGGGACACUUCCUUUUACAAAAUGAAGGUGGACUGUCGCCUCUGAGGUCACACUGUGCCAAGGGCAGGCAGAUCUGUCCUCAGACACCAGUCUGAGAAGCAGCGCUGGCACCGGUGUGAGUGGGGCUGAGCUCCCUGACGCUGGGAGCCUCUUCUGUCAGCUGCUGGAGGUGGGAGGCUGCCCGGUCCAGCUUUGACAGUUCCAGGCGGAGGGCAGAAAGCUGGACACGGAGGAGGGUCAGGGUGGGUGAGCUGGCCCCCUACACGCCCUGCCCCGCCAGGAACCCAGCCUUACCCUCUGCUGCCUCUCUGCAGCCCCCUCCGAUGCAGUCCGGCUCAAAAGGCCAUCAAGCUGUUUUUGUAACUUCUGCCUUCGGGCAGCUAGCCGAGGUAGCUGGCUCUGGGGGUCCACCAGGCCCUACAUAAGAGAGAAGUCUGAGACACCCACAGCCUGCUCAUAGCCUCCACCACAAGGCCUUCCCUUCCACCCCUGCCCCUCAGAUCCCUUCAAUGCCCUCUGGUCACCUGCAGCUCCAUGUAGACCUUAAUGGUGUCAUCAUCCAGUGGGGUGAGGGCCCAGCCUGAAGGAGCCGCUGUCCCUGGGGGCAGGAACCCUACAGCCCCACAGUGGCUCAGGGUGCCCAGGGGCUCCAGGAAGGGCUGGAGUAGGUCCUGGUCUUCUGGGUCUGAGCUCUGGAGCAGCACUAGUGGAGGCAGGGACAGCGAAUCGGGGUCAGUGUGGGCAUCGGCUCCCACCCCUUGAUGCCUGCCCUUCCCUGAAGACACCCAGGCCCAGCCUCACCUCGGGGUCGGGCUUUCGUGAUCUGGUAGGUGGCUCGGAGGGCCCGCAGUGCCUGUACAACCUCUUGCACUCUGGAGAAGCGGAGUUCCAGCUCGGGCUGGCGCCAGGACUCCUGGUGAAGAACCCCAGAGUCAGCAAGGGAGAUUCAGCAUUGAGGCUGCAGCUGUGCCCUCAUCGGCAAGUACGACACUCCCCUCCCAGGAGCGGGGCAGCAUGUGAGGGCGCCACCCGGGGAUUUGCAGGACUAGUGGCCGAUGCUUGUACUUGCUCCCAAGUCACCCGCCAAUCCCAACCGGGCUAGAAAUCUAAAUGCUACCAAAGCACAAAGCCCAGUGAGUGUCAGAUUUAAAUGCAGAACAAUUUUACUUUGUACGAAUGUUUUGCAAGCAUGCAUUCAUGUGUAAGCACAUUCGUGCCUGCUGAAUCCCCUGGAACUGGGGUACAAUUAUGAGCCACCAAUGUGGGUGCUGGGAAUCGAACCCAGGUCUUCUGCAAGAGCGAAUGCUCUAACUGCUAAGCCAGCUCUCUAGCCCCAGACCUUUUUCCUCUUUUUUUUGAGACUCUAUGUAGUCCUGGAAUUUGGUAUGUGUACCAGGCUGGCCUCAAACUCACAAAAUCCUCCUGCGUGCAUCACCACACCCAGCUUGAACUUCAAUUCUUGAGGCUGUAAACAGCAAUUCAGUAGGGCUGGGUGUGGUGGCACAUGCCUUUAAUUAAUACCAGCAUUUUGGAGGUAGGUGGGUCUACAUAAUGAGUUCCAGGACAGCCAGGGCUACACAGAGAGACCCUGUCUCAAAAGAAGAAGAAAAAAAAAAGGACUUGGAAAUGGCUCAGCAGGUAAAAUGCUUUCGGGCAUGCAUGGCAACCUGACUUGGAAUCCCACGUAAAAGCCCCAUGGCUAAGUGACAGUGGUCCCACAACCUUCAGCCAUCACCAGACUGUCCCUGUAUCCCUGCCCACACUCACCAGGCUGUGGGCACUGGGGUAGGGAGCCACACAGAUGCUGGGGGCGAGGGGGCCACCUUGCCUGGGAGGCAGCCUUUGCCAAAGUUCUUCUGCCAGGAAGGGCAUCAGGGGGGCGAGGAGGCGCAGGCCAACAUCGGCGCAGGAGAACAGGACCUGAGGGGGCCCUGGGGGGCAGGGUUCCUUCGCCAACACUGGCUUCACCGCUUCCUAAGGGAGGAGAACAACCACUCACUGCUGUGCCGGUGGGGACCGGUUCCCAGGACCGGGUGUACGCUGAGCUACUGAACAUCACCAGUGCCAUGCUAUCCCUGGAUGUGCAUGUGAUCAGACCCCGUGCAGAGGUUCCCAGAGGAUGGGGAGAGGAAGUGGUACAGUGUAGGAAAGGGUUUUCCCUGCAGUGCUGGGAACAGAACCCAGAGCCUUGAGCAUGCUACCUAGGCAAGCCUACACUGCACUGUGUCCCCUGCCCUGGAACAAGGCUGAGAAACAGCGAGGGACAUCAGCCCCAUAGCCAGCCACCACUGCCUGUCCUGAAGGGCUCUGGGGAACUGGACAAGCACGCUGGGUGACUGUCACGGGACAAUGCUUAAAGUCCCUGGUCUGGAACCCCCCCCCCCACUGUCCUCCUAGGAUGUAGCUGGCCACAUCCUAAAGCAGUAGCUAGAGUGACAAAAGCAACUUUCUUUCCCUGUUUCCUAGACUCUCCCAGCCUCCCUUCUCUCUAGGAGAGGCAGGCAUCAGUGCUGGGCUACACUACAGAGCCCAGGCCAGUGAAGGACAACUUGGUGCACCCACGGAGCUCUGGAAACUGCUAGGCUGUGCCCUGCCACUCACCAGCUCCUGCCCACUGAUGAUAUCCCGCGGGUCCAGCACGUUCCCCAGAGACUUGCUCAUCUUCCGGCCUUGCCUGUCCCGAACCAUGGGAUGCAGAAGCACCUGGAGACGUGGGGGGGGUCAGCAGGAGGGCUUAGGGACCAGGAGGGGGAGAGGCCUGGCGUGUGGGGCACUGGGGGACCUUACCUUGCUGAAGGGGAGCUGCCCUGUGAGCUGGGUCCCCAGCAUGACCAUGCGGCCCACCCAGAACAUCAGGAGGUCACUACCAGUUUCCAGAAGUGAAAGGGGGUAGAAACGAGCGAGGUCUGGUGUCUAGGACGAGAUGGGCAGUAAGGUCCGAGCCAGGCUCUGUGGUCCUGCGUCGUACCCACCUUCACGCCCCCUUUUAGCCCACCUCACCUCUUGGGGCCAACCCAGGGCAGAAAAAGGGAAAAGAGCCGAAGAGAACCAAGUGUCCAGGACAUCAGGGUCUGGGAGACAAAACAGGGAAUGAAUGGGGACAGCUAGACCCUUCGGCCACUGCUGCUGCUCCUACCCAAGAAGGGUCUCCGUCUGCUCCACACCCAGCGCCCCCACACAUCUGGCCAGCCUCUGCCGCGCACUCACCCCUCUCCAGGGUCAGCUCUGCCACUGGUCUCCCGGUCAGCUUUGCAGCUACUGCUCGGGCCUCAGCCUCCGAUCGCCCAACCGCCCAGCAUUCCUUCCGGUCACCCUGAAAAAAGCAAGGGCCUAGUGUGGCGGGCUCCCACCCCAAGUCACCUCCCCAGGCUCCGAGCUCGCCUCCCUGCCCCGUCGCUUCUCACUGACCUCCGCCUUCUCUCCAACCACCAGGUAGGCCGGAAUCUGGUGGCCCCACCACAGCUGCCGGGAGACACACCAGUCCCUGCCAAAGAGGGUGCCAGUUGACACCUCCAUAUGACCAGUGGCCAUCCCCCUCCCCAACUUUGAGAGCCCCCCUUACCCAAUGUGGGCAAACCAGUGCUGCCAGGUCUUCUGGUGGAAGGAAGGCCAGAGCCCCAGCGCCCCUGACUCCACAGCCUGGAAACAAAGGUGGCCCCCACGCCUUUAAUCCCAGUAUUACCAGGCAGGUAAUCUCUGUGAGUUUGAGGUCAGCCUGGCCUACACAGCCAAGUUCCAGUCCAGCCAGGACUGCACAGCGAGACCUUGAAAAACUCCGAAGGGGGGUCAGCGAGAUGGCUUAGCAGCCUGGUCCCACGGAUGAGCCAACUCUCACCCUCACUUGGUACCGUGACACCCACGCAAUUAAAUAACUUUAAAGUUUCAA